CCUCUUUCGAGGUCCACCUCGAUACACCACCAAAACAAUCAUCCAACAUGGCUCAGGCCUCGCCUUCGUGGCAGAGGCUGUUGGGGCUGCUGUCAGUGCUUCUGGCACUGAUCCUCGGCGUCUCGGCCGGGGAGCACGGUGCUGCUGUCACCGGCUGCCCCGCUGAUCUUGCUUCGGCCCCGGAACACACCCUUUCUGCCGGCUUCGACAACAGCACCGACGUUGCUGAGACUCAAGCAGAGCGCUCGCACGUCGAGAAGCUCGCGGCGACCAGCUUACACGGCAUGGGCGCCCGAUCCAGCUUCGAGGCUUUCCGAGUCGAGAUCCCUGCCUCAUGCAACACUCCCAGCAUGAAGAGCUCCCUCAUCGAGCUCCCCAUCAGCUUCGCCAGUCUGCACAUGCAUCUGCAGAACAUCCGAACCAAAUAACCUCGAUGGCGGUUUGCCCAACGCUCAAACCGCCGACACGAGAUGAACUACUUCACCCGUGUUGGAUUCGAACAUACGAUCUCCGACACACUUAAACCCUAACGUCGGGGUGUGCUUGGUGUACCAUGAUAUACACACUGAGCAAGUCCCGAGCCCGACUGCCCACAGAGCUGAGCCGUCACACAACAAACUAUCUACGACAGGAACGACAUGACUAUAACGAAACGAAACUCACGACAAAAAAACCAAUGCAACGAAACACGAUGUCACGGACAAUAUCCCCUCAACCAUAUGACUGGUUGAGAAGUACGAC